CGAACAAUAAUGACCCUUAAAAUAAGAUUCUUUAUUUGUGGAUAAGUGAUGAUUAGUAAUAGAGUAUGCAUAAGAUUUUUAUUUUCUACUUUUUCAUCAUCCGUUGGGGUAAAAUCAGGGAGGAUUUGGCACCGUCUGCAUAAAGCAAUAAAUAGCAGAGGCAAUAAAUUAGAAUUCGCCGGAGGAAAGAUUAAAGCAGUCAAAAUUAACGCAAAAUUUUUCUUUUUAAAAAAAGGCACAGCAGAUCGAGAGAGCAAUCAUGGGAAUUGGAAGAGAAACAAACGCAACACCGCAUCUCAUCAUCCUUCUUGUUCCAGUUCUGGCUUUCUUGUCCUGUGCCAAACAAUGCAAUUCAAAGGUUCUUCCGCGAAACCAAGAUCACAAUCAGCACGGCCGUGGCCUCACCGCCGACGCCAACCCUACCUGUAACGUUGAUAAGGUCGUCGACGUCAUGAAUUUUGGCGCCAAAGCCGAUGGAAAGCACGACGAUGUCAUGGCAUUUAUGCAAGCUUGGCAAGAGGUAUGCAAAAAAAGCGCUCAGCCGGCGAAGCUUUUGGUCCCGGAAGGCACCUAUAUGUCAUCUCCGGUCAUUUUCCAAGGCCCAUGCCUGAGCACCCAGCCGGUGAUCGUUGAAGUCAAAGGAACCAUCUUGGCCAACGAGGACUUGAGCGCCUACGACGAGGACUUCUGGUUCUUGUUUGAGAAAAUCAACGGCGUCAUCCUCACCGGCGGCGGAACUUUCGACGGCCGUGGCGCUUCCGCUUGGAAAUACAACGAUGGCGGCAGCAAUUUCCCCACGUCGAUCAAGAUGAACGAUGUGGAUAAUGGAGUGGUCCACGACUUGUGUUCCGUGAACAGCAAGUUUUUCCACUUCCACGUGACGGAUUCGAGCAACUUCACGGCUUACAACCUCCGUAUAACGGCGCCGUGUGACAGCCCCAACACCGACGGAAUGCAUAUUAGCAGCACCUGUGGAGUCCAGGUCUCCAACAGCGUUAUCGCCACCGGCGACGACUGCAUCUCCGUAGGCCCCGGCGUUACGAAUGCCAACAUCUUCGGGAUCACCUGCGGCCCCGGCCACGGCAUUAGUAUUGGUAGUCUUGGGAAAAGAGACGAAGAGAAAGACGUAUGUGGGGUGACGUUUAGCAAUUGCACACUCAGCAACACGACGAAUGGUGUGAGGAUCAAAACGUAUGCAUCACCAAUUCAAAUCAAGGCCUCGGAUAUUACUUUCCAGGACAUCACCAUGAACAACGUCCAGAAUCCUAUUGUUAUAGAUCAAAACUACGGCUCCAGGAAGAAGAAGAAAGGGGAUUCGCACGUUCAGAUCAGCAACGUGCACUACAAGAACAUCCGAGGAACGACGCCGUCCAACGUGCCGAUCACUUUGGCAUGCAGCGCCGCGGCACCGUGUGAAGGGAUCGAGUUCUGCGACGUCAACCUGGAUUUCGUCAGCGAUGAUUUGCAGUCAAAGAAGCAUCCCAACACCACCUUUACAGCUUGUUGUACGAAUGCUAAGACUACGUUUUCUGGCCAGAACAAAGUACCUAUCUGCGAGUAGUAGUGGAACUUUUGAAUUCUAAAUUUCUGACUACAACUUGCUCUCUGUGAGAGAUGAAUUAAAGACGAAGCUAAGAGUGUUUGGAGCUGAAACUAGCUGAUGGGUAUAUUGAUUUGAUUUUUAUUUGAAUUUAUUUUUGUUAGGAUUUGCAAGAUAUGUAAUUAUUUGAGAAUAUGUGGGUAUAAAGAAGGGUUAUGGAA